AUGUCUGCCGCAGCACGAAAGCCGCCCGCGGCCGGCAAAGACGGACCCAACAACUCAUCACCCUCCCGCAUCAGCUCGUCGCCCCGGGCCUCCAACGCUGCGACGGCCACGGGCACGGGCACAGCCACGGGCCACGUACGCACACGCUCCCUGCGGACCAGCACGCCCGUGACGGCCCGCCAGCGCCGCGAGUCGCCCCUCAAGGCGGACGCCAACGCCGCAUCGCCCGCAUCGCCAGCACUCGCCGCCUCCAACGCCACUGCAGAAGACGAAGCAGCCCGCGCCGAGACGGUCGCCCUGCUCGACGACCUGCGGGAGCGCCUAUCGCGCGCCGAGAGCGCCCAGGAGCAGUACCAGAAGCAGGCCGAGGUGCUGCAGGCCAAGCUCGACGAGGCGCAGCACGAGCAGGCGCGCCUCGAGGAGAAGGCGCACGAGCACGAGGAGCAGGUCGAGGCCCUGCAGAACGAGAAGCGCGAGGCCGCGCGCCAGAUGCGCGAGAUGGAGACCAUCUACGAGGCCGAGCGCAGCUCCAUGACCAAGGACAAGGAGGAAAUGGCCAACCGCGAGGAGGAGAUGCAGGCCGUCAUCCAGCGGCUCAAGGACAGCCUGGCGCAGAGGACAGCCAACGGCGACGAAGAGGCGCGGCCGUCGAGGCAUUCAAAUAACAACUCACCCAGCGUCGACAGCGGCAGCUUCGCUCCUCCCUCCUCCAUCCACCGCAGCGACUCGCGCAACAACUCCAAGCUCCUGCUCCAAAAGGACAAGCUCAUCGAGUCCCUGCGCCUCGAGCUCGCCGAGGCCCAGAUCAAGCUCGUCGAGUCCGAGAACCAGGGCGGCGGCCGCCUGCGCGAGGUCGAGCGCCUGCUCAUGGAGGCCCGCAUGGCCAACGCCCGCCUGAUGGAGGACAACGAGAGCUACCAGCUGCUGCUGCAGGAGAAGACACUCAAGGGUGACUUUGGUGCCAACGACUUCGCCUACCUGGGCGGUAGUGCGGCCGCAGGCGGCGCCGCCGGAGACCGCACCAGCCGCGUCUCGACCAACCAGGACGCCCUCAACGCCCUUGAGGGCCGCACGGGUGGUGAGGGCGGUGCGUCCACCCUCGCCGACGAGCUGUCCGAGGCCGCCGAGAACGAGUCGGAGAACUACCGCCGCCUCGAGGCCGAGCUCAAGGCGGCCAAGGACCAGAACAAGGCCCUGACGCUCUACAUCAACAAGAUCAUCGAGCGCCUGCUGCAGCACAAGGACUUUGAGCACAUCCUCGACCAGUCGAGCGACUCCAAGCCCGACACCAACAAGGAGCUUCCGCCGGCGCCCUCGUCGGGACCCUCCUUCCUCCAGCGCGCGAAAUCCAUCGCCUACAGCGCCACGGCGACCAACAAGCCCAAGCCGCGGCCCAUGUCCUUCAUGCCGCAGCAGCAGCACCACCACCAGCAGUACCACCAAGACUCGGCGCACGAGAAUCCGGAGACGGCGCCCAGCAUCCCCAUCGGCCUCGGCCGCUCGACCAGCGUUAGGCGCGGUGGCGGGCGGCCCAUGAGCGAGCAGUACACCGCCGGCGCCGGCGCCGCCUCGGUCGUGCACUCCAUGUACCGCGGGCCCGGCGGCGCCGACGGGCCCCUGUCCCCGUCCCUCCGCGGCUCGCAGACCUUCUUCCUGCCGCCGCAGUCGUCGGGUGGCGGCGCCGGCGCCAGUGGUCCCGGCACGCGCACGCCCAGCGGCACAGUGCCCAUGUCCACGAGCGGCAACUUCCCCGGCAUGCGCAGCGAGACGUCGAGCACCUCUGGCGACGAUAACGGCGGCGCCAACGGAGCUGGUGGCGGCGGCGGCGACGCGCAGAGCACGGCGUCUGGGUCCGCGACGCAGAGCCCGCCGCGCAAGGACCACGAGAAGACGGCCUUUACGGGCAGCAAGCCCCGUCCGCUGCGGCUCGUGCAGGAGCAGCAUCCUACUGCCGCUGCCAAUGGCGGCUCCGAAGGGAACAAGCGCGCGAGCUGGUUCGGCGGGUGGGCCUUUGGCAAGAAGGACGAGGCCGGUGCGAGCGCUGGGCCUGCGGCCAUUGCUGAAGGCGGCGGCGAUCCUGCGAAGCAGUCAUGA